UUAAGUUUGAACCUUUCCAGAGCCUGCUGGGGACUUAGCAAUUAAACGUAGUCCUUCGUUCCUCCCAUGCAUACCCUGCCUCCAAAGAAUCCCCACUCCAGCCAGGGGAAAGCUGCACAGACUUAACCAGGAAUCAUGUCUAGAGUGGUUAGUGCAUCAGAUUAUAGUAAUUUAUUCCCUCAGUCCCAUGGAAUUGUGUUUAAUGCAAGAGUCCAGUCUACUUCAUCAAGCAGAUCAUCAACACGCAGCAGCAGCAACAGCAGCGUACAAAAGUCUUUCAGAACCAUUUCAAUUGCAUCUUUCAACUCGGUCCCUGAUCCCACACUCACCUUGGAGGAUAUUGAGCAGAUUUUGCUUCAGAAGGCGACUGCAAAAGAAGAUGAGCUUAAAAAAGCAUUUCAGACAGUUGACCUAGAUCAGACCCUGAAAGUCACUAAGGGUGAAUUCAGAAGAGUGAUUGAAACGUUCAUCUUGCCUCUGACGCAAGAACAGUUUGAUGCUGUGUUGGCAAAGAUUCCAGGCACUAGCAAAGUUGCUGUUCCCUAUCUUGAGUUCUUGUCGAGGUUUGCUAAGCCACUCGAAAGUCUCAGCACAAAGUGGAGUCCUCUUGGAGAACACCGGACAAGGACAUUAAAUCAGCUGGAGUGCCUCUUAAGAGAGAAGAUUUCCAAAAAGCUGAAACACUUUAUCAAGACCUGUAGACUUUUUGACUACAAUCAAAAUGGAGAGAUACAACGGCAUGAGCUGCGACGAAUUCUCGAAGUCAACUGUUUCAAGAUGACGGAUUGUGAGUAUGAUAAGCUGUGGAAUCGUUACUGUAUAUGUAGGACCAAUACAUUGAAUUAUAAAGAAUUUUUGCAGUACCUUGGAAUAAAUUUGGACAAAAAAAAGAAAAGAAUUACGGAAAGUCGAGAUUCAGCAGAAAAUCAGAAUGAGCCACCAGGGAGAAUAAAAAGCCAAUCAAUGCUGCCUGCACCUACUACACCUGGAUAUAAUUUGACAAAAAUCCAUCUAGAUGCCACUGCGAAAGAAUUUCGGGUAAAAUUGCGUGCUGUCUAUGAGGACCUUGUAAAAGCAUUCAGAGCAUUUGAUGUUGGUCGGAGUGGAUUUGUUUCUUUGGAAUAUUUAAAAUCCGUUCUUAACACCUUUAUAUUUCCAAUACGAAGUGAUGUUUUUCAAGACCUAAUGAACAGAUUUGGAAUAAAAAUUUCAAAAAAUAUGGCCUGGGAGAGAUUUUUAGAUAAGUUUCAAGAUCCUAUUAUGUUUGAUAGUGGCCAGGCAUCUUCUACAGGAAAACGUCAUAGAAGCAGAAAGCUAGAUGAAGCUUUGUCAAGUGACCGUAUUCUUCUAAAGCUGCAUGGACAUAUCCAAGAUGCAUAUUCAUCCCUGAAGAAGGCCUUUCUUAUGCUUGACAGAAAUCAAGAUGGAAAAAUAACAAGAAAUGAACUCCGUCGGAUUUUGGAUUGCAUCAUGUUUCGAAUAAGUGAUGAUGACUUUCAAGAACUAAUCAAGAUAAUUGAUCCAGAGCACACAGGACACCUCAGCUAUAAUGAAUUUUUAAACUUGUUUGAAGACAAGGAUUCAGUAACAGAUUCCAAAUGGAUGAAUGGUACAAAGAAGGCCAAAAAACCAUCUUCUGUUCUCGAAGCUUGGAAAAUUGCAGAAGACGUUUUAACUGAACAAGUCAAGGGAUACUGGAAUGAAUUUAACAAAGCUUUGCAGGCAUGUGACCCUCGAAGCACUGGCAUUAUCAGCAGAAAUAAUUUCCGAAAAGUUCUUCUGCUCUAUUGUCCCUCAUUAACUGAUGAUCAUUUUAUUGCGCUAUACCAGAAAUAUCAAGAUGAUACUACAGAAGGAGUCCUGUACAGGAUGCUCUUACAUAGCUUAGGAGUUGCUGAUCUGCCAAAAGAAUUAACAGCUCUAGCCAGCACCCCUCCAUCUCAAGGAAGUCGACAGAGAGAAGAAAAAAAGGAGAUGGACUUUUCAGAGAGAAUGAAACAAAUUGAAGACCAUGCUUACAAAUAUACCAAGAAUAGGACUGUUGAUGAAGUAAUUGAAAGACUGAGGGAUGGUAUCCUGCAACCGGAAGCUAGCCUUAGAGAUGGGUUUCUUGUGUACAACAAGCAAGCAAAUGGGAAACUAAGUAAAACUGAUUUCCGCAAGUUAUUGGAAGAUAUUGGGAUAUCCAUGGAAGAUGACCAGUUUAAUCUACUCCUAGAGAAACUAGGAUUCCCAAGUGGAGGACUGAGUUAUCUUGAUUUUGUGGCAGUAUUUGAAGAUUCCAGACUGUUAGGUCGCCGAGUAAAUACCAACAGGUGUCACUUCAUGUCAGCUGAAGAAUGCCUCGGCCAGUUUAGCAAUAAGCUGGUGGAAGAAUAUGGGGAUCCAUACAUUGCCUUUCGUAAAAUAGAUAGAAACAAUGAUGGUGUAGUCACCAUGCUUGAUUUCCGACGCCUCCUGGAUAGUUUUAUGAUCAGCAUGACAGAUGAGGAGUAUGUACGUCUUCUUGGUAUCUUGGGAAUGAAUGAGAUCUCUACAUUAAACUAUCCAGAAUUCCUUCAAUUGUUCCAAGCACAUGCAACUAAAGAAAUGCGCCCUUGGCUGACUCCACUUUACAAACCCAAACAGAUAGCAGCAGAUGCAGAUCUGGCUUGUGAACAAGCUCAUUACUAUCUUACUAUCAAAGCACAAAGCAGAUGGAAUGACCUCGCCAUGUUUUUCCAUGAAUAUGAUAGUGAUGGAAAUGGCAUAGUUCUGAAGAAGGAUCUGAAGGAUGUGCUGUAUAGAUUUGGCAUCCCCAUAAACCCAAAAGAUUUUGAAAAACUCUGGGCAAGGUAUGACCUGAAUGCAAAGGGCUAUCUUACCCAUCAAGAAUUCCUGCAAAAAAUGGGGGCAGAGUAUACACCUCCUGAGACCUGUUUACGCUUUAUGGAUAAUAACAAAAAGGUGGAAAAGAAGCAUGUUGACAUCACUGAGAUUAUAAAUAAGAUCAGGGAGAAGUACCGUGAAUCCUCCCAAGACUUCCAUAAGGCCUUUUUGCAUCAGGAUAAGAACAGAGAAGGCUACAUAACGGUGGACAACUUACGCAAGAUGCUGGAAGACUUUCAUUGUCUCCUUGGCUAUGAGCAAUAUAGUGAACUUCUAUACAGCUUAGGAAUCGACAUACAGGACAACAAGCUCUCAUACUUUGAUUUCCUAAGAAUUAUUGAUGAUCGUGCAGCAUUCAGGCAACGGAGAAGGCGUACUAUGCCACCUGUACCACCCAUCAGCUUUGUGCAACUUAGCAUAGAUGAGGCCAUGAAGAAGAUAAAACAGAUAGUUACGGCUUCAUCUGACUUGUUAUACAAGGCCUUUUCCACUUUUGACAAGGAGCAUACAGGGGCAAUUUCUGUCUUGGAUUUCCGGCAAGUGCUUCACCACUUCUGUUUCACACUAUCAGAAAAGCAAUUCAACCACCUCCUCAAACUGCAGCGGCUUCGUGGCGAGCACUCCAUAGACUGGAAAUAUUUUCUGCAAAAAUUCAACUUCCUCUCAGAGACUGAGAGAGAACAUGCUAAAUUUGCUUGUCGGGAGCUGUCCAAUCAAGAGGUCUCUGACCGUAUACAAGAAGUAGUGAGUGCUCGCUUUCAGGCCAUUGAACAAGAGUUUAAAAACGCUGAUUCCACAAAAGAAAAACUUGUGUCAAAAAAGGUCUUCAGAGAUAUCUGCAACCAACGGUUUAUGCUUCUGACAGAUGAACAGUUUGAGAAUCUCUGGAACGUGGUACCUCUUGACCUUAAUGGGAAAUUGAAAUACCCUGAAUUUCUGAGGAUGUUCAGCUCUGAAGCAGCAGAAAUGCCAGAUGCAGCCUGUGCAAACCACCCAGAUGGACCCAGCAAGCCUGUGACACCAGCUGAGCCUGCAUCAAGGUUACCUUCACGGCCCAAAACAGCAGCUUCCCCAUCACCUCCAAAGAAAACUCCAUCAGCCAGUAGGCCAUGUACAGCAGCAGUUCAGACUCUACCUAUCCUGAACAGCAAACCAAUUGAAAGUAAAAUUCGGAAGACUAUUCAACACUCUUGGAAAGAUAUGUUGAAGGAAUGCAGAGAGAAGGAUGUCGACCGCCUGGGGGAAAUUUUAGUAGAAGAUUUCUUAGCGAUACUAGAGAAAUUUCACUUGAAUUUAACCAAAGAAGAAAUUCAGCAACUCAUAACAAAAUAUGAUUAUAAGAGUGUCGGCAGAUUUGCAUACUGUGACUUUCUUCAAAGCUGUGUGCUGUUGUUUAAACACCAAGAACUAUCUCCUCUACAAAGGGUUGUGAUUCAAGAUCCACGAGGACAGAAACCCACUGGACCACAAACACCAACCUUUUUUAAUGCAAUGAUGAGGAUUCAGCCCCAGAUCCUGCACUGCUGGAGGCCAAUGAGGCGAACAUUUAAAUUUUAUGAUGACAGUAGGAGUGGACUCCUAAGUAUUCAGGAUUUCAGACAGGUGCUCCGGAAGUAUGGUAUCAACCUGUCUGAAGAGGAGUUUUUUCACAUCUUGGAAUAUUAUGAUAAAACAUUAACUUCCAAAAUAUCCUACAAUGAAUUCCUCAGAGCAUUUCUACAAUAAAAGAAAAAGGGGAAAAAAGGGGAAGGCUACCUUCAAUUGAGAAGAAUAAGUAGAAAACAGAUGAUUACUAAAAUAUAUGUCCGCAUUUCAAUGCAAUAAAACCAUAUAAAUUCAA